AUGGAAAAAAUAAGAAAUAGGAAGUUUCCUUUUGCACAUUUGAACAAAAGACUUUACAUAAGCAGUGCGGAAGAAAUCGUGAAGACAACAAGCUGCAGAAACAAAAAAAACAAGUUCAAAAAUAUAUAUAUGGAUUUUUCACUAAAUAAAUAUCUCAACAUAAAUAGUUUAAAUGUAAACAAGUUCAUUAAAACUCCAAUACAUUAUCAAACAUUUAAAGAACUUGUUGAUACAAUAAAAAGUGUGAGUAAUGUGAGGCUGCAAAAUAUCCAUUUGAUACGAAAAAUUGUGAAUUCGUUGGAGAUGUACUUAACAAAUUAUUUAAACAAUUUAAGCAACAUACAAAAUUUAAACCAUUUAACGGGUAUAAAUGUUUAUAAUGAUAUGCACUAUUAUGAAGAUAAUUUUUCCAAUUUAGAUGAUAAUGAUGAAGAUGAAAAUAGUAUAACUGCAAAUAAUGUGGUUACUGUUUUAGUUAGCUUGUAUAAGCUAAAAUAUCGAAAUGAAAAGUUUUUACAAUUGUUAGAAAAGUAUAUAUUUGUUAAUAAAGAGAAGUUUAAAUUUUCUCAAAUUAAUUUAAUUCUGUAUAUUUAUUCCUAUUUUAAUAUAGUAAAUAAAAAGUUCAUAAAUUGCCUACUUGUAACUAUUUUAGACAAUAAAAAUAUGCUAAAUGCAGAUAAUAUAUUGAAUAUUUUCACUUCAUUAUUUUACUUAAAUUGUAAAAAUGAAAAAACGUUAGAUCGUUUAGCGAAUUACAUCAUUUCGAAUAAUUUACAUUUCGAUAUCAAUGUCAUUAUAUUUCUUCUAAAUAAUUUGAAAAAAUUAAACUAUUCUAAUACUUGUCUUGUUGAAUACUUUCACGAACAAAUAGUUCUAAAGUUAGGUUUCCUUUCUCCUCAGGCAGCACAAAGCAAAAAUAACUCUGUUGAUCCUUUUUUUUUGAAGAGGAAGAUUCAAAAUAUUCUUGAUGAAGAGAAUAGUGAAAGUGGAAAUAUCCAAUCGAUUCUAUGCAAGAACGAUGUCAUAGAUAGUGCCCCUUCUAACUGUGUGUUUCUGCAUUUGAAAGAUGAUAAGAACGAAGAGAUAAUAUCAAAAGAAUCAUCCCGAAAUUAUGAUAAAGAAAAAAAUUACAACAUGUGUGAAGAAGAUAUAAAUAAUACAUACGGGUCAAUACACAACAAAUAUAUUGUGGAAAACAAUUACGUAGAUUAUAUUUACGAAUAUUAUAAUAAAAAAGAUUUUGAAGAUAGAAAUAAAAGCAAAAUAAAUAUCCUAAUGGAAGUGCUCAUAUACUAUAAAUAUUUUAAAGAAGAUUUAUUAAAAGUAUUAUAUGAAUAUUUAAUGAAUAAUUUAAAAACAUAUAUUAGCCAGAACGACAAUAACAUGUGCUGCAUUUUAUCAAAAAUGUAUUCUUUUGAAAUAAAUAAUUUUCCAAAUAUUAUUAUGCUCAAUAAAAAGAUGUUGCUAAGCAUGUGUUAUUAUUAUGUCCCUAUUUAUAAAAAUACCAAUAUAAUGAUUUUUUUAUAUUUAAAAUUGUUGCUUGAAAAGCAUAAUUACUUUAACAUUUUUAUUGAUAAUAUAAUAAUAAAAAAAAUACAAACAGAUUUCCUAAAUCUGAAUCAAGAUCAAUUCUUAAAUCAACUCAAUGAGUGUAAACAUUCUUAUGUGAUCAAAUACUUAUGUGACAUUUCUUUGGUUUAUUUCAACUUUUUCAAUGUAAAAUGUUUUAGCCAUCAUUCAAUAAAGGAGGAUAUAAAAUUACACAUAUCUGAAAAUUUCGCACACCAUCUUGCAUCAUCUUCUCCACCUUCAUCAGUACCUGCACUGAACACCACACACAUGGUUGAAGACAAAAAUGUAGAAAUCACAUUCGAAUUUAACGAAAAAAAUGAAUUAUAUACCUAUGAUAGGAAAUUCUUAUUACAACUUUUUUAUUUUUAUGUUGAAGUGAAGUACUACAAAGGGAUAUUUUUAUUUCUAAAAAGUUUAUUUUCUGGGAUCAAAAAUUUUAAGGAGUUUGAUCCAUACGUAUACUACAAAAUUAACAAUUACUUUUAUGAUGAUAGAAUGGCUAAUCAUGGCCUCGAUGUGCAAAAGUCUAACAUAUACAUCAAAUUAAAUGCGUUAGAAGUUAUACAAAUAUACGAAUAUUUCAAGAAUGCCUUUGAGUCAUAUGAAGAUUUUCUCUCCAUACAACGUGAUUUAAUAAAUGCAAAUCACGAAAAAACCUUAUAUUAUCAAUUCUACGUACGUAGAAAGGGUGAUACCAAUGAUUGCAAAAUGGGGGUUACUACUAUUAUCCCACCUUCUGCUCAGGCGACGAAGAAAGUUAAACAUUCCAUUCAAGAUGCAAAUGAGAACCAAAAUGGUCUAGUUAGCAAAUAUUUAUUUACUCAAUCGAGUGUUAACUACAUUAGUAGAAAUUGUUUUGGUGCUAAAGAGAAAUGUGAAUUGAAUCCUAAACUUGGAAAUUUCUUCGAUAAGGGAAAGCAAAAAGAGAAUAUUCCUUUGGAGAAGAAGAAAUGGAAUGAUGAAUUAAUAGGAAGCGAAGGGAGGAAUGGUCAUACAGGAGAGAACGAAAAAAUUUGUUUCGAGAAAAGCAUCUUCCACAUAGACACCUACAUAUAUAACGUUCUUAAUAACACAUUCUUAUAUACCCCAGUGGAUUUGUUCGCUUUACACAUUCACCACUUCAAUUCUCAGAAUAUAUUUUUUUUGCUACAGAACAUUAUUUUCAAAUUAAACUACCUGAACAUUAAUUAUUUAUCCUUGGUAAUUUCCAAAAUUUUUUCCCGAAUGUGCAAAGAAACUUGUCGUGAAACAAAAAAAAGAUAUUUUGUCUUUUUAGAUUUCUUCCAUGAUUAUCUAUUGGGCGACGAAAGUGGUAGCCAAACAUUUUCUUAUCAGAAGAAGAGCACAGAAGGGAUAAAAAGUUUCACAUACUUAGAAUGGAAUGAGAAAAGAUUGGUUAUAAGUAGAAUUUACGAAAAAUGUAUAACCAAAUACAAAGACCAAGACAAGGUGAAAAAACGUAUUGCAUAUAUAUUAUGCAAAAAUAAGGGUUAUUCGAAGUACAUAAAUAAUGACAUAAUUUUUGAUGAAGAAUUUCUGAAUUUUUUUUUUCAACUUGUUUUGGAAAAGAAAACUCUUUUUCAAUGUUCCUAUUAUAAAAUGACGAAUGAGUGUUUAUUUUUCAUACUUAAAUCUUUACAAAUGGGUAAGAAAAAUGCAAAGUAUAUGCAGAGUGUCAACAUAAUAACAAACAUAUUUAUGUUCAGGUAUAUUCAUUAUAAGCACCGUGAUCAACUAAGUAGUGAGGAAUUAUCAAAAAAAUGCACCUCUGAAAAUUUGCAAUUUUUGGAUCCUUAUAUUAUAGAUAUAGUGAAUGCAGAAAGGGAAUUGUGUCUAAAUUUGAAUUUAUCCCUAAACAGGAUGAAUAAAAAGGAUACUUCGAACAAUCAGAUCCCACAGAACGCGAGUAGAAUGGAUAAUAAUGUUUGGGAUCGAAGAUUUGAAUAUCAAUACAACACCCACAUUACAGACAAGAGUGCAAGGGAGAAUAUCACACAAAAGGGAGCAACGACCUUUGAUCGAAGUUCAACCAUUGGAAGUAACAUAAAUGAGGAAUAUGAAAUGAUGAAGAAAAGGAAUACAUUGAAAAGAUUCAUAAAGAUAUAUUAUACAAUUGUUAAAGUUCGAUAUUUUCAUGAAAUGCCUAUAAAUAAACAUAUAUUUCGUGAAUUGUGCUUAAACACAGAUUAUAUCGAUAAUAGCAUCUUUUUGAAUUUGCUUUUUUUUAUACAUAAAUACAAAUUUGAAGAAAUGAAAUAUAUAUUAAUGCUGCAGAAAAAAUGCUUACUAUAUAAAGACUUAUAUUAUACGCAUUCGAAUUGUAGGGUCGUAGAAUUUCUUUGUAAAAAAUUAAAAAUAAAUUUGGAAGAAAAUGUCAGGACUACUCCAACUAAGCAAACAUCGUACGACUAUGAAAAUGUGUAG